GAUCCUGAGGCUAGGCGAGGGCAGUGGCGUCUCCGUUCCAACUGAGCAUGCGCAGAGCGUGCGCUCCCGUUUAUUCGCUGCAAGGAGCGGAAUCGGCAAGAAGUAGAGUCUGACACUACACCUGGGCCUGCCCUAUGAUGCUGUUCCAAUCCAGUCGAGUGUGGUUAUAUGUUCCUGCCCAUCCCCAUCAAUGGUGAGGACCCAGACAGAUUCCAGCACUCCAUCUGUCAUUACCACCUGUGGCAGCAGAAAGGGGUCUAACAUGGAGGGAACUGCAGCUGAAUCAAGGUCUAGUUCAAACUCCCUACAGCAACAUUCAGGACAACAGCCUCCACAGCCUCGAAAAAAACGACGUGAGAAUUUCAAAUUUGGGAAAAUUCUGGGUGAAGGAUCUUUCUCAACAGUUGUCUUGGCCCGAGAAUUGGCAACUUCCAGAGAAUAUGCCAUUAAAAUUCUAGAAAAACGUCAUAUCAUAAAAGAAAAUAAGGUCCCCUAUGUGACCAGAGAGAGAGAUGUAAUGUCCCGUCUGGAUCACCCUUUCUUUGUGAAACUCUACUUCACAUUUCAGGAUGAUGAAAAGCUGUAUUUUGGACUUAGCUAUGCCAAAAAUGGAGAGCUUCUAAAAUACAUUCGCAAAAUUGGCUCAUUUGAUGAGACCUGUACCAGGUUUUAUACUGCUGAAAUUGUAUCAGCAUUAGAGUACUUGCAUGGAAAGGGAAUAAUUCACAGGGACCUUAAGCCAGAGAACAUUUUGCUAAAUGAAGAGAUGCACAUUCAAAUAACAGACUUUGGAACAGCAAAAGUAUUAUCUGCAGAUAGUAGACAAGCACGGGCAAACUCAUUUGUAGGGACAGCGCAAUACGUUUCUCCGGAAUUAUUGACCGAAAAAUCUGCCUGUAAAAGUUCUGACCUCUGGGCUCUUGGAUGUAUAAUAUACCAGCUUGUAGCCGGAUUGCCACCAUUUAGAGCUGGCAAUGAAUAUCUUAUAUUUCAGAAGAUAAUUAAGUUGGAAUAUGACUUCCCAGAAAAAUUCUUCCCCAAGGCAAAAGACCUUGUGGAAAAGCUUUUGGUUCUGGAUGCUACAAAGAGAUUAGGCUGUGAAGAAAUGGGAGGGUAUGGACCUCUUAAGGCUCAUCCAUUCUUUGAAUCCAUUACAUGGGAGAAUCUGCAUCACCAGACACCCCCAAAGCUCACAGCAUAUUUACCCGCUAUGUCUGAAGAUGAUGAGGAUUGUUAUGGAAAUUAUGACAAUCUCCUGAGUCAAUUUGGUUGCAUGCAAGUUUCUGGUUCGGCAUCCUCCCCUUCACUGUCUGCCCCAGAGACAAGUCACCCACAAACAUCAGGGAACAUAGAACAGUACAUUCAUGAUCUUGACAAUAACUCCUUUGAGUUGGACUUGCAGUUUUCUGAAGAUGAGAAGAGACUACUACUGGCAAAACAGGCUGGUGGAAAUCCAUGGCACCAGUUUGUAGAAAACAACUUAAUACUAAAAAUGGGUCCAGUAGAUAAAAGAAAGGGAUUGUUUGCUCGUCGGCGCCAAUUAUUGCUCACUGAAGGGCCCCAUCUCUAUUAUGUGGAUCCUGUCAACAAAGUUCUGAAAGGAGAAAUUCCAUGGUCACUAGAGCUACGACCUGAAGCCAAGAAUUUUAAGACCUUUUUUGUUCAUACAGAUGAAACGGGUGCCUAUUUAAUAGACAGAGACCCGACCUACUUUGGGCCAGUACUGAACUAUCUCAGACAUGGAAAACUCGUUAUUAACAAGGACCUAGCUGAGGAAGGUGUACUGGAAGAAGCUGAAUUCUACAACAUCACAUCACUAAUAAAAUUGGUAAAGGACAAAAUAAGAGAGAGAGACAGCAAAAUCUCACAGGUGCCAGUCAAACACGUGUACAGGGUGCUGCAGUGUCAGGAGGAGGAGCUCACCCAAAUGGUCUCCACCAUGUCUGAUGGCUGGAAAUUUGAACAGUUGGUCAAUAUUGGUUCUUCCUAUAACUAUGGAAAUGAAGAUCAGGCUGAAUUUCUGUGUGUUGUCUCGAAGGAGCUGCAUAAUACCCCCUAUGGCACAACCAGCGAGCCCAGUGAAAAAGCAAAGAGCGAGGAUGAAGAGACGGAUUACGAUAUGAAUGACUCAGAUUAAGUGUAAAUGUCAUGAUUUUGCAAGAGCGAGGUUCCAGGAUGUGAAGACCAUAUUGAACACAGAAGAAUAUUUCUUUUAUUCCAAGAUGCAGUGAAUUAUCACAUUGAAGAGGCUUGGCUGUGAGAGGAAGAAAUCUGCUUUAGAUAAUUUUCUAUUGAUCUGGAUUGAACCAUUUAUGCCUAUAAGCUGGUAUAGACUGAAUUUGCUGGCUGAAAACAUCGCAAGAUUAUUGAAUGGGAAGAGAUGAUGUGAGAGAGGUGUUAAUCUUGGUUCUAGUGCAUGGUUGUACUCUCUCAUGGGCUGAAUUAUAUUGGUCACAUAAAAAGAAACAAUCAUGCACUCAUAUUUUCCUCUGAGACAUGUAGCACUUACAUCUGGUGCUGGGUGAUCCAGUGUUGAUCAGUUUGAAAUGAUUUGGGUAUUAAUAAUUGCAAACAGUUAAAGGACACUGUAUUUGGUGCUACAUAUAUAUUACAGCCCAUAAAUGCAAAUAUUUGGGCCUACAUAGUUGGUUUUGGAAUCAAUGACAACCCCGGUUUACUAUCUUAUACUGCACAUUCCUUAUGGCUCAGUGACACAUUUUCUAUUAGGUAAGAAUGGAGUAGAAGAUCAAGUGAAACUACCUUGUAAAAAGUUACACCCCAGACAAAAGAUUCCCAUAAAGAAUAGGUGUAAAAUACUGACUGGGUUGAUGGCUUAUUUUAAUAGCCAAAGGGAAUACUAAACUUGGAGAAAAUGUCUUUUGUCUGAGUCAUCUCUGAUGUUUCUGCUGUCAAAAUAACUUCCUCCUGCAAAAGUUAAGCUCCAGUCUUAGCCAAAUGUUUGAAAGGAAAAUCAAAAUUUCUUAAAUUAUUGUCACAACUGAACAUUUUGUCUCUUUUGAAAUGUUUGUUGCUAACCAAAUGUUGUACAUUUUAGAAAUGCCUACAAGUGUCAAGCUCCUCUUGGAUUUUGUUGGGUAUUUUAAGAGCUGGAGUUUGUGUAGCUACAUGGCUGACUGUAGCUACAGUGUUAGAUUCUGAUCUCGGUGAAUGGGUUUAAAGUUACCCUAAGAGCAAACAUAAGUUCACCCAAUUAAAAAUCUGAAUUAAUUGCUUUGAAUUUUCAGGAUGUUUACAGUCCAUCUCUCUACAUUGUUUCAACUAUGCAGUUCUUUAUGAUGUUUCUAAGAAUGCUGCCUGAAAACUUUUUCACACAGCUGCAUUAGGACAGGCCUGUGGUAAAUGUUAACACACAAGACUGGAGCUUUUUAGUGCAUUGUGUUUUAAACAAAACCAGUAGCAUGACUCUUUGAAACAGAUUUAACUAAAUUGAUUGUAAAAAAGUAAAACUCUCGAUUCUUGAAGCUUCAUUGGCUUGCGUAGCUCUAGGUGGAGCAGUGGAUGGGAGUUUAAACUGGAUUGUCCAAGACGGUCUGGAAUUCUAAAAGCAUUUUAAACUGUUUCAUUAAAUAACUUCAGAAUUUUUACAUAUACCAUAUCCUCUACCAGUAAAAUGUGUAAUCCUCCACGUGAAAACCAGUUUCUCAAGUGUCUUGGGUCUACCUAGAUUUUUUAAGACUUAUUGUACAUUGAUAAGUUUGGCAUAAACAAUUUGUAAAACCAUUUCUAGAAAGCAGGUUAUGCAGUGGGCUAAAUGUUUUGUCAUGCAUCUAAUGCUUGAGAGAGUUUGUAAAGCAUUUUGCCACUUGGAUGCAGUCUGCACAGGAAGCUGCUGGCCCCUCCACAAUACCACAUUAAUGUGUUUUGUCUUUUUUUAAGAUGUUAGGACCUAACUGAAUUUACUAAAAUGUAAUUAUUCUGUAGGGGGAAAUGUUUAUACUUUUAUACUUUUUUUUUAUAGGCAUCCAUGUUUUAUCAGCCUCAAGUUAAUGCCUAAAUUUCCCCUAAAUAGUAACAGAUAAUCUUGUGUAUCUAAAGAUAAGCAUAGCGGUUGUUUUUCUUAAAAUGCAUACUAAAGCAUUUCCUUUGCUGGAAAAGUCACUGUGUUUAAGCAGCUUGACACAACCCAUGUUCUUCAGGUUCCAUGGCUCAUGGAAUUGUGGCCUUUAAAGCUUCCUAUUUUCUGCUGGGCUCUACAGAGUAAAUUCAGCAUUGGAUUAAAUGGCUUUUAAUGCCUUAUAAUAAUUAAAAGUAUAUAUUGAUAUCAUUCCAAUAUCUGCAUUUUUCUCUGUUGUCUUCUGUUAAACAAAAGAAGGCAGAAGAUUUGAUUUUCAUAAACUACCUGAGAUCCUUAAGGAUUGCAGAAGCAAAACAUGAGUAAGAAACUGAGAAAAUUGAAACAACUUGGAGGAUAUAUAUGAAAAGGGACCACUUUUAGAGAGUGGCAUUUUCGCUGGAAUACUUUAUGGUAUAAUUUUUUUUUUAUUUUUUUUUUUGUGUGAUUAUCUGCACCCUGGUUUACAUUGUCCCUUGUAGUAGCAAAAAUUAUUUUGGGGAAGAGUUUGAAUCAUUAACAUUUUGCACUUUCUCUGAUACCUCACAGAGCUAUUGUCUCUCACUUCAGCAAAAAAAUAAUAAAUUAUUAGGCAAAUAUCUGGUAAAUAAUUUUGCAAGCUGCUGUAGCAGACCUUGUCAACUAAUCUUCUGUUCUUGCUCUUACCCUUAUUAAUUUCAUAUUUCUCGAACAUCUGAGACAGUCACUUAGGUGCAUGUACAGUAGAACCUCAGAGUUAAGAAAACAUUGGGAAUGGAGGUUGUUCAUAACUGAAAUGUACAUAACUCUGAACAAAACAUAAUGGUUCUUUCAAAAGUUUACAACUGAACAUUGACUUAAUACAGCUUUGAAACUUUAUUAUGCAGAUGGAAAAUGCUACUUUUAUCCAUCUUAAUUUAAAUGAAACAAGCACAAGGACAGUAUCUUUACCUAUCAAAUCUUUUUUUAAACCUUCCCUUUAUAAUAGUUUACAUUUAACACAGUAAUGUACUGUCUUGUUUUGCUUUGUUUUUUGUCUCUGCUGAUACCUGAUUGAGGCAAAUGAGGAGUGUGGUUGACUGGUCAGUUUGUAACUCUGAGGUUCUACUGUACUAUCAGAUUCUUUUCCUAAAGCCCCAGGAGUUUCCCUUUACUAAAAUCUGGUUUCUUUUUGUAUUGAAAUCUGGUAACUUAGAAUAAGGUUAGCUACACUAGCAAGAGGUAGACAGGACGGUCAGGUCAGACUCUUUGUAAGCUGCUUUAUCAAUAGAUGAAACAGUAUUACAGCCCUCGAUUUUAAAUCAUGAGCAUGGGUAGGUUAUAGCCGAAGAAUGAGGGUACCCUAGAUCAAAGCAGACAAACAAUUAAAGUGGCUUUUCAUACAAGGGGCAAUUUAUCUUUCUUGAGUCAGUUAUUACUGUUUUAUGGAAGGCCCAAUUUCCUGACCUAACAGGUGUACAAACAUUCUCCAUCUAAGUGUAUCAAUCAUUUGGAGCUAUAUACACGGACCCAAGGGAUGACUUAAGUAGAGAAUUAGACUGAUUUUCACUGGGAUUCUUUAAACCGUUUUAAAUGAGACCCAGAAGUUUUACAAACCUUUUAAAAACACAGUAAGUUUAAAUUUGUAAAAUUUAAGUAUUACCACAGAAACCACUGUAGACUUAAAUCAGGAAAAAAGUGAAACUAUUGGUAUUGGAUUUUGUAAUGACCAAUUUCUGGCCUCAGGGGAAAUAAUUGUAAAGCAAACACUUUUGGCUGUUUUUCAAACAAUACUUCAAUCCAAGUUUAAUUGUAGUCCCAUGAACCAUUUUAACCAAUUGAAAUUGAUUGUACUUAAAGCCUAAAUUGCUGCUCCUCUGUUAAACCUGGGAGCCAUUAUGGAAUUUUUCUCAAUCCUUGGUGAGUCUGUAUCAAACAUAGUCCACUUACAAGUAAGAAGAAGACCUUUGUCUGCUCCUCCUGCAAAUUCACCCUGAGCUCUGAGAGCCAGCGGAUCUCUUUCCAUCUUUCAUUUCAGCACCAAUUAAAGGUUCUGGUGGAUGACUUAAGCUGCAGUUGCAUCUGUGCUACUCCAUUGUUUUCAAAUUCUUCCCUGAAUGACACUUACGCUGUACCUUUCCAAGCAGUGGGUUUGCACAGGUGUAACAUUUAAAAUUACUAAACAAGCCCUUUGAUGAAUGUCAAAUAUAAUCCAGCCCCUUCUGUAGCUGUGUUGGUUUUGCAUGGCUAAAAGUAAAAAAAAAAAAAAAAAAGAUUUAUUUUGACACUAAAGUUGACAGACCUAACUCUGAUCACACCUAAAGAGCAGGUCUGUUGAGUAAUAUGGCGGUGUUUUCACAUAGCCAGUUUUGAGACAGAGCUGCACUUCAAGCUGCAGAGCUUCUUGUUUCGGGGGUGGGGGAGGAAACAGGUGGUGUUUGUGCAGGGAAGCACUGUAGGAAUCUACUCCAGCUAAUGAAUGCUCUCAGGUUCGUUGGGAACCUCUGCUAUAUUCUAGCCUGCAAUGAGUUUGAGGUGCAAGGACAGCAACAGCAUGUUCUGUCUGAAGCUAACAGUCCAGAACCUGGGUGGUACACUUUAAUCCAAUCAGUCUGGUGUUUGGGGGAACAGCUUCCUGAGGAGUGCGGGAGAAUGUUAGGAAGGGUCUUCGCGUGGCAACGCUUUAACGUGGCUGUGUAUUUGCAGCACCAGUGCUGGGAGAGAGCUCUAAAAAAAGUCACUCCCAAGAGGGAAGUAACUCCCAGCGCUGGUGCACUGUCUGUACUGCCACUUUACAGCGCUGAAAGUUGUAGCACUCAGGGAGGGGUUUUUUCACACCCGAGUGAGAAAGUUGCAGCGCUGUAAAGUGGCAGUGUAGACAAGGCUUAAGAAAUGGGCCUUUUCCUCCAAGUAGAAACCUAACAAAAGAGCCAGCAGUUUGGGUGGCAUUCAGGGAGGGUGGGGUGGAGAAUCUCUUUGAAUUUCAUUUGCACCUAUUUGAUUUACUCCCUCCAUAUCAUAAACCUUCCCCUUCCCAGGAGAUGUGAAUGCAGCUCUUUCAAAUUACUGCUGUUCUUCAGUCAGCCCUUGCAUCUGGGGUCUUAGGAAAGAGAGUUUCUUUUCUUCAGCAGCAUCCUUGUUGGCUCAGAAGCCCGGGACUAGAACUGCUGAUGGCCAGCAGCUCAAAACAUCCCAUUGCUAACAGAAAGCAAUUUUGAAAUAUGUAAGUCCUGAAGUUGCUCCCUGUUUGUUUUUGUACAUUUUAUAUUGCAUCUGUUUCCUGCUUUAGGGACCAUCUCAGGAUCCCAGUUAGACCUGUGUAUGUAAAAUAGGUGACUCAGGAACAGAGAGAAUCCCAUCAGUAUUCAAUUAAAUGUUCAGGAGACUCUCCAAACUCCCUUGGAAGGUAACUGGUAGUAUCGUAAAAAAAAAACAAGGAGUCCUUGUGGCACGUUAGAGACUGCGAAAGGCAACUGUCUUUAAAGGCUUAUUGCCAAAUAGAUGCUUUAAAGGGCUAAAUCUUCCACACUUUAUUGUUCAGUUUGCCUAAGGUAACUAUCACAGACAGAAGGAAUUCUCAGCGCUUUGAAUUCAGACAUGCUAAGGGCUAAUACACCUCCCAGGGCUAAUUUGAAGUUCCAGUUAAAUGUGCAUAAAUAUUUUUAAAGACCAGCUAUUGCAUUUUUCUAACAUCUUACAAACUCUGAACAUCCAUAUUACAAAUAUUAUGAGCCAAUCACAAAUAGCAGCUCUCUAAUUUUUGUUACACUCCAGCCUCCAUCUUGGUAGGACUGCAAGUGCAGAAGACAGCACAAUCAGCUGUCACUCUCUUGUGUAAAUAUUGAAACUUAACAGCUUCUGUUAAUAAAACUGGGAAUAAGGAGACUUUGGGAAGGUUCUCCUUGCUCAGGAAAUAGUCAUUGGUUAUUCCAUUGCAGUUUAGCUUCCCUUUACUUUAGCCAAGUCUAACAAGGAAUACAGUCUUGUAAAACUCAGUAACGCUAUUGCAAAUGUAGCUGUCAAUGAAUAUUCGAAGGGCUCUUAUUAGGAUAUUAAUGAUAGUUACAUUGACUGCCAUGGAGAGAGAGAAAUCUACAUUAUAGCGUAGAAAGCUACCUUAUUACUUCUGGGUGAUUUCACGCUUUUACUGUAACACUUGUGUAGACAGUGCUCUCCCUCAGAAGUUAAAGGACUGAAGGCUGAGCUUAAAUUUUGACCCACCUUAACAAUGGUCCCAUCUCCAAGGCUUGGCUUUCUGGAAUCUAGUGGCUGAUGUAUUUGUGUGCCUGGCUCAUGCUCCAUUUGCAGAUUUUCCCCCCCCUAAAGCUUGUGCGCACUUAACCUAAAGUACACUUGGCCCACGUGUGUUUGCCAGGAAAGAGCAAGUGCCUAUGCACUAUAGGCCAAAUAGUGCCAACCUGACUACUAGGAACUGAAUCAAGAUCACAGAACCAUUUUCUUUAUAUCACUGAACAGAUAUCAGAGGGCAACUACUUUCAGCCACUGCUGACUUGAGCCCGAUUUGAACCUGGGUUUGAACAUCUUCAUUUCCAAUGGGCUGUCCAGGUCUCCUUUACCCAAUUCACCAGUUUUAUUGGUGGUCUGACAGUAAGUUGUGCAUCAGCUGUUUGUGUUAGGGCCCAGGAGGACAUACUUGCAAUGUUUUAUUUCCUGGAUAGUGGAUUAGCAAUAACAGUUUCCUUUUGUGCCAGUUCAUUAUCUCUGAAGUGUUCUUAUUGCAGCAAAGUUUGAAUUCUGAUAUGGCUUUAAUGCUUUUGCAUGAGCCAAGAUGAUUAGCAUAGAAAUUGACAUGGAGCUGAAUCCAGAAAGUUCCCUGGAUAAACCUCUAGUAGGGCUUCCCAACUUGUUUUAAGGUAGAUGCCGUUACCCAUCAUUUUUAGAACAAAUAUACAACUAAAACGUGUAUGGGUAUUUUUAACCUCGUUUUCGUAACACUAUUGUAAAAUGCAUGAAAUAAACCUGGUUUUCCCUUUUAAGA